UAAUAACGUGACCGUGUGCAAGGCUCACAUUCCAAGUAUUUUUAUCGUCUCAUCUCGCAAGACCACUCUGAGGUCAUAAAGGAAGCUCUAACAUUGCGAAAGGAAUUCUGUGGGCUUGGAUCUCUGAUCUGAAGAAUUAGCCGGCACGUGUCAGUUGGGAACAAAAUGCCAAUCAACCACCUACAAUGGGGUUUCGUGUGAGCUAUUCUUAAGCGGAAGACGAAAGUAAUACUCAUUGUCGUCUGGAUUCGAUCUCAUACCUACUUCUAGUUGUAUAAGAUGACUAAUGUUGGAACUUAACGCCGAACAUUCGUCCGUCGAAUUUCGUCCGAGCCUGCCAAAGCCUACUCCAAUUGUUGAGUACGCAACUAAACUAUGCCAUCAUUUGCAUUCCAAUUUUGAACAAACCAAAGUAUAGGCAUAAUCGACCAUUUGAAUCACUCACCUGCUUUUGCAAUAUACCUAGUCCAGUGAGGUUCAAGAUGUCGGAAUCGUCAAAGACCUCAGCUGUUUCUACUCCAAGAAAUGUGCGAAAAGGAACACGAAGUUGCUUCGAAUGCAGAUACCGCAAAAUUCGAUGUAUCUUUCGCUCAACGAACCCGUCAACGUGUGUUUCUUGCUUCUCACAUGGCAUCCGCUGUGCAAGCCAGAGAGAAUCUGAAGCUGCCCUCCCUUCCCAUGCCAAGAUGAAUAUAAGCGAGAGAGUUGCUCAGCUAGAGAAGGAGCUGGCAGCCAUACGCGAGCAGAGUGCAACCAACCCUCUUGAUAGUGGUCUACCAACAAGUGCAGCAAAGCAAGCCAAUGAGCUUCCGCGUUCUAUCAUCACUUUGAGAACUUCUUCAUUAGAGGUCCCAAUUCCGAAUAAUUCGUCCCCUGCGGGCAACCUUCCGAUACUUUCUCUAUUCGACAAUGCCAUUCUUGCUUCAGACCCGAGGAGUAACGCGAGCGACGCCAUCUCCAGGGAAUUCUAUACAGGAUCUCUGAGGCCCAUGCCAAUGGGAGCCGACAGCGCCACUCAUCUUAGGACUUCCAGACUCAAGAGAUCUGGAGUUUGUGAGGCUCUGACGGACAAGCUUCCGUCCCAUACAGCAAUGUACGAAGUUCUUGAGGCUGGUUCAAGGUGGUGGGACAUUGUGAGGAGGAUGCACCCUUACAUGUGUUCUGAGGAUACCAAGCUCUCGAUUCAAAGCUAUGUUUGCUGGGCUUUCAAUCAAGACAAUCCUGCCAUCAUUGGGUGUGCACUAUCUUGGAUAGUAUUGAGCCUCCAGUGCCUUCCAUCGGACUUUGACAAUAGCCAUCUUGGCUUACCAAUGACGGUUAACGAUUUGUCACAACACUAUCUUUCUAAUGUCAAUCGAUUGAUUGUGUCUGACGACGAGCUUGCGGUCUCUCUGGAAGGCAUCGAGUGUAUUCUGUUACAAGCCCACUUCUACGGCAAUAUAGGUCGGCCACGCAAGGCAUGGGCAGCAACUCGGCGAGGACUGUCUUAUGCUACCCUGCUAGGUCUACAUCGAUCAUCAUCACAAGUGCCGAGUACAAUGUCAGCACAUGCCAAACGACGAGAGAAUGCUUGGUGGCAUCUCAUAGACGCCGAUGCUCAACUCAGCCUUCUGCUUGGUCUACCCAAUUUCAUCCUACCCGCAUCGUGGGAUUCAAGACUCCACGAAUACCAUGAAGCCAACGGAUACUAUGAACGAAAACUUCCUGUCUUGAUGAAUAUCAUCAGCCAAAGGAACCAAGCGAGCAGCACCUCACUCGCCUCACUUUUGUCUGCAACCUCCCAAAUCGACCUGGAUAUGGAAGAACUUGCUAUCCAUCUACCACCGCUUUUAUCGGCUCAUGAUCUAUCAACUCGGAACGACCUGGAUUUCGCCGCACUUUACGAGAUUGUGGUGAAACAUGGUCGACAUUAUUCUACAAAAGUUUAUCUCCAUUUACCAUUCAUGCUUCAGACUCCGUCGGACAGCCAAUUUGAUUUCAAUCGGACACAAUGCUUGAAAGCUUGCUGUGAGAUGAUCGAGUUGUAUACUACCAUGAGGCGCCUGGCCGAUGGUAUAAUCCAUUUCUGUCAAAUGGUUGAUUUUCAGGCUUUCAUGGCAACGGUGAUUUUGAUUCUUGCUCUUUUGGGUUAUGGGCCUAAGUCGACACGGCAAGACACCAAUGAAGUCGUAAAGUACUCCAACUUGAUAUGUGAGACGGUGGGCGUCUUCCGAAGAGUGUCGGCAGAGCCAGACAAGGCUCUUGCUGCUCAGUGCCUCCAAGUUCUAGAAAAGCUUCAUUCGAUCGUCCAAGGUCAAUUCCCGAGAACUGACAACUCAGCCAAAUGCAAAAUCUUCAUUCCCUAUUUUGGAAUGAUACACAUCACCCCAGGGAGUUGCUAUGGAGCUUUGGAAACGAGGUGGGCUCAGCGCCCGGGCCAAUGUAGCGCGGCACCCACGGAGGAAAUCUUUGCGCCUCGAGAAGCUGGCGUCCAAGCACAAAAUACACGUGUCGAAAUUGAUAUCUUCAAUGCGCCAUUCUUGGGGACGUUUGCCCAGAGUACAGAUUCGACAUCUUAUUGCACAGAACCCGAUAAGAAUCCGUUCAAUGACACAUUGGCAAUGGAUCUUGAUCAAGAUUGGACUUGGAUGCUGAAUCACGACUUUUGAAAGAGAUUAAAUGGUGACAUGACGAGUCUAGUCUAUUGCUUGUCUGUCAGAAAAACAGUCUAUGAUGUUCUAGUCCCAGGAAAUUGGCCUCUAGUGUCUGCUCGUAUAGUAAUACAGAAAUGAAAAUAGAAUAUUGAUAGUCUAGUCCAGAGGAAGCCCCUUUACCUUGGCAUAGCCAAGAGAAUUCUUCCA